AUGGCAGACAUUUCAGUGGGAAAUUCUUCAGUGAAAGCAGAGUUCAUUGUGAUUCAAGGUAAAGGACAGGCCCUGUUAGGACAUAAAACAGCAACAGAGCUCGGAAUUCUGAAGGUGGCACAUGCAAAUUUCCUGUCAGAAGCCAGUAUAUUUACCAAAUAUGAAAAGUACUUUAAUGGUGUGGGAAAGUUAAAGAACUUUAAGUUGAUGUUACAUAUAGAUGAGAAUGUUACCCCUGUAGCACAGCAAGUCAGGAGGAUUCCGUUCGCUAUGAGGGAGAAGGUUGAGGCAAAACUCAAGGAGUUACAGGACAUGGAUAUCAUUGAGCCAGUUGAGGGACCAUCAUCUUGGGUCAGCCCUAUUGUUGUCACACCGAAGCAGUCUGGAGAUAUUCGUCUGUGCGUGGACAUGAGGCAAGCUAAUGAGGCCAUUAUUAGAGAGAGACAUCCAAUACCUACCAUUGAUGAGAUCCUGCAUGAGCUAAAUGGGAGUUGUAUUUUCAGCAAGUUAGACCUUAAGUGGGGUUUUCAUCAAUUGGAGCUAGCUGAUGAAUCUCGUGACAUUACCACUUUUGUUACUCAUAUUGGACUGUUUCGCUACAAGAGUUUUGGUGUCACGUCUGCACCUGAGAUUUAUCAGCACACCAUUCAGCAGGCACUUCAUGGAUGUGACGGAGUGAGAAAUAUGUCGGACGACAUUAUUGUACAUGCCAAAACAAUGGAAGAGCACGACCGCAGAUUGCUAGCUGUGAUUGAGAAAUUAGGCAGCAAGGGAUUAACAUUUAAUAAGGAAAAAUGUCAACUUCGUCUCCGAAAACUAGAGUUCAUGGGACACGUCUUAUUAGACAAAGGAAUCGACCCGACCCGAGAGAAGGUGAAAGCUAUAGUAGAAGCUAGACCACCAACAAACGCAUCAGAAGUCAGAAGUUUCCUGGGAUUGGUUACAUAUUGUGGAAAGUUCAUUCCAAACCUAGCAUCACUGUCAGAACCGUUGAGACUUUUGACGAGGAAAAACCAACCAUUUACUUGGGGUCCUGAACAAGACAAAGCAUUCCGAAAGCUGAAGACAAGUUUAUCGAAAGCUGAGACUUUAGGAUAUUUUGAUCCAAAAGCGAGAACUCAAGUGAUAGCGGAUGCCAGUCCUGUGGGGCUUGGUGCAGUGUUAGUACAAAUACAACAGGGAGAGCCCCGUAUUAUUUGCUUUGCAAGCAAAAGUUUGACAGAUGUUGAAAGAAGAUACUCGCAGACCGAGAAAGAAGCCCUAGCACUGGUGUGGGCGUGUGAACGCUUUUACAUGUAUUUGUAUGGCAUCGAGUUUGAUUUGCUGACAGACCAUAAGCCUUUACAGUUCAUUUACAGCAAGAAAUCAAACCCGUGUGCACGCAUUCAGCGAUGGGUAUUGAGACUCCAACCCUUUCAGUUCACAGUAAAGUAUAUUCCCGGACACAAAAAUGUUGCUGAUGUACUUUCUCGACUGUGUAUAUAUAAAUCUGAUGCACCCUCACCAAGUGAAAUAUCAGAGGAUUUUGUGAGAUUCGUGGCUCUGCAAGCCGUACCAAGAACCUUGACGAUUCAGGAGGUGGAGAAAGAGUCCGCUGGAGAUCUUGAGUUACACCGAGUGAAGGAAGCCUUACUAACUGGAAAUUGGACAGAUUGUGAGGAAAGCUACGUAUCCGUUAAAACUGAACUGUGCAGCAUAGGAAAGGUGAUCCUCAGAGGUACACGUAUUGUGAUUCCAACCAGUUUGAGGGAGAGAGUUUUAAGCGCUGCUCAUGAGGGACACCAAGGAAUCACUAAAACCAAACAACGACUGAGAGAGAAAGUAUGGUGGCCAAAGAUUGACAGUGAUGCUGAACGUGUUUGCAAGAAAUGUUACGCAUGUCAAGUAGUAGGAGGUCCAUCGUCACCUGAGCCGUUACGCCGUAAAGUGCUUCCAGAUUAUCCAUGGCAAGCAACAGCAAUUGAUCUAAUGGGACCGUUUCCAACAGGAGAAUCAGUAUUGGUGUAUGUGGACUAUUACAGCCGUUUCUUUGAAACUUUUAUUUUGAAGAACACAGGAUCAACCAAGAUCAUUGAAUGUUUGGAGGAGAUUUUUGCUCGAUAUGGUAUUCCUGACACCCUUAGGAGUGACAAUGGAGCCCAAUUUCGUUCAGCAGAAUUUGAAAAGUUUUUAGAGGAAUACGGCAUCAACCAUGAAACAUCCACACCUUAUUGGCCACAAGCUAAUGGAGAAGUCGAGCGACAGAACAAGACCUUACUCAAGGCUAUCAGGACAGCUCAUGUUGAGGGAAAGGAUUGGAGAAAGGAGUUACCAAAAUUUCUAUCAGCUUAUAGAAACACACCACAUACAGUAACUGGAGUUGCACCAAACAAACUCAUUUUCCGAUAUCCAGUGAAGACCAAGAUUCCCAGUUUUCCAGAGAGAGAUGAGGGAGAUAUCCGAGUUAAAGACUGGAUAAAAAAGAAGAAAGAGAAAGAAUAUGCAGACAAGAGUAGAAACGCAAAAUACAGCCAAGUACAAGUUGGAGACCAAGUGUUGGUUCAGCAGCCAAAAGAAAACAAACUUUCACCUGCCUUUGAGACAAAACCAUACGAGGUCGUUGGACGUACAGGAAAUGAAGUUUUGCUGAAGGCACCACAUGGAGGUACAUAUCGCAGGAACGUAAAGCAAGUGAAAAAUCUGGAGAUUGACCGGGUAGCGUUCCACUUGAUGAUGCAGACGAUGUGA